AUGCGGGUCUCGCGCCCGUCAUUGUCCGCCCAUCCGCUCCCGUUCUUCUCAGACUCGACCGCUCUGGCUGCCCAUGCCCGCGCUUCCCCACUCUCGCUCGAAUCCCAGCCCCUCGAUGGGAUCCCAAGCACACUCCGAGACCUCGCACAGUCACAAGUCCUCCUGUUGCCCGAAGCAUUUGGGUCUAUCUCACUCGGCGAAACAUUCACUUCCGCGCUGUGUGUUAAUAACGAAUCAGCACACACCGUACUGGGGUCACAUCUCCUCGUUGAGAUUCAGACGGCUUCAACCAAGACGGUCUUGGGACAAGUGGGCGGUAUUGACAGCCGAUUGGAGCCUGGCCAGAUGUUCUCGCUCGUGGUUAGUCAUGAGAUGAAGGAGCUAGGGCAGCACGUUUUGGUCUGCACGGUUGGAUACCAUGUUCCACCUGCGCUGCGGAACAACUCUAUUCCACCUGAAGAUCCGAGUAAUCCCACUUUGAGAACUAUAAGGAAGUUUUACAAAUUUAUUGUCUCCAAUCCUCUGAGUGUACGAACGAAAGUCCAUAUUCCUCGGUCUCCUUCAGCAUUAUUGAAUAGAAACGAAAGAAACAAAGUCUUUUUGGAGGUCCAUGUUCAGAAUCUCACUACCAAACCACUCUAUUUCGAGAAAAUACAAUUCGAGUGUGCUGAGGGUUGGGUCUUGGCCGACGCAAACCCCAAAUCUGUGUCCAACUCUGGAUCAGAAUCAGAUUCGGGAUCCAAGACAAACGAAACAUCUCUCAGACCUCAAGAUACUCGACAAUAUUUAUACAUACUUGUAGCCACGCCCGCUGCCACUCCUUCAUUCCCGAUACCGUACCCUCCAGGAACGAUCAUUGCGCUCGGGAGAUUAGACAUGAGUUGGCGUAGCUCGUUUGGCGAACCAGGAAGGCUACUGACUUCGAUGUUGUCGCGGAAAAUUCCACUUCCCCCAGCACCACAACCAGCACCCGCAAUUCCUCCACACCUCCAACAGCAACGUCAACAAACCGGCCGUCCUGGAAGCCCAGUUCCAUACAAGCCCCGGACGGGAAGUAUGAGCAGGCCUAUGUCUCCUGGCCCUGUACCAGCUUCCGGGACGGUGAGCUUGGCUAGCGCAGUCUCUGGGAGUGUAGCUGGGACGGUAGCCUUGAAAACCUUAGGAGGGGCAGCGAAGGACGUUCAAGUCGACUUGGUAGUCACCGAGAUCCCGUCAACCAUCUACCUAGACAGACCAUUCAAAAUCAAGUGCGCUGUCGGAGCGUUAGCUCCUCUUCCUAUACCUCCCGCCGACCAACUCAUCGACACCUCGACCGAAGCACCAGAAAAACCAACCCGACAGAUUGUACUCACGAUCCAACAUACUCACCAUUCUUCCCUCCGUCCGAUACCCCAAGCAACAGCCCCGCCAAUGGCGCCGGAAGUAGCCUCUCCCCGAGCCCUCUUGUCCGCUCUGACAAGCCCGGGCGUAAGCACUCCGCGCGGAGGAACAAGCGUCCCCGCUCCCGCCCCCGACCUCGGGACUCUACUCCAAUCCGAUCUCGGCCAGCCAACAGGUCUACCACCGCCGUACUCGGACAAGGCCCCCAUCGAAAGCCCCGUUUUUCUCGGCCCGAGCUCACGCGUUUUGGAACCGGUCGUGAUUUCCGAACCGGCCCCGAUGCCCACAGAGGGCCCGCUAGUCCAGUUGGCCAAAAAGGAAAAGGAGGGGAAGGGGGAAGGGUGGGUGGAUGUAGAGUUGGAGUUUGUGGCUGUGAAAGGUGUGGGGAUUGUUAGGAUCGGAGGUGUUCGGGUGUUUGGAGAGGGCGGAGUCUUGCUUGGCGAGUGGGAUGUAUUGGGUGAGAGUUAUCAACGUGCAGGACAAAUCUCUACAGAGGACCUCUCUCAGCUGAAGAAAAUUGAUAAGCAACCUCCCUCAAAGCUGAAUUCGGUCUUAAUGGGCGAGGGACCCCAGUACGCGUUCCUCUUCACGAGUAUACUUAAGAAACUGGCGAGGACAGAGCCUACCCAAGCCGUGCUUGUGAUGAUUGGUGAUGCUUUGAUUGAUCAUGAAGAGCGUGUUGGGUUGUUCCUUAGAACCUCAGAUCAGGACCCAGAGCUACCCUUUGACCCACUCGUAAAGGCUCUAGACUCGGAUGACGAAUUCGUACGGCUCAAGUCUGCACAGAUCCUCACAGCACUCUUGGCUCCAUCUACAAACGCCCCACCACCAGAACAUGUCAUAACGCCCUUCCUUCACAAAUUAUCUGUGAACAUCCAUUCGUCCUCCCCGAAUGCUCAGGAUGUGUCACUUCAAUGCUUGGCUGCCCUCCUCUCUAUUCGUUCUGCACGAAGCUUGGCGUGGCAGAACCAGAACCGGGAAAUCAUCAGGGGGCUAGUAAAGAUUCUUAAAGGUCCUCCAGUACCAGUACCGCAGACAGCGUACCUGGCUGGCUAUGCAAUGUGGUUGCUAAGUUUCGAUCAGGCAGUUGCAGAAGGAAUCAACACCGAGUUUGAUGUAAUUCCUGUGCUGGUUGGAAUCGCACAGGGCGCAGGAAAGGAGAAAGUCAUAAGGGUUAUUAUCGCCACUUUCAAGGCAAGUCCUUUCUGUUUGUUUCGAGACCCGAACUUGGCUACGCGCAAGUGGACAGAUGAGGAGAUUCUGGACGAUAUCACAUUUUUGAGAGACUUAUUGCAACAGAACUUCGAAAGCCUUACGACCUAUGAUGAAUACACAUCUGAACUUGCUUCUGGCCAUUUGUCUUGGUCCCCCGUGCACGAAUCUGAAGCUUUCUGGAAAGAAAAUGCAGCUCGCUUGGACGAGAAGGACUUUGCUCAAUUGAAGCGGCUGGUUGAGUUGCUUAAGACGUCGCAGAGUAGCACUGUCCUUGCUGUUGCGGCCCAUGACCUUGGACAAUACGUUAAACACCAUGAUCGCGGGAAGAAGUACGUUGUUCAAAUCUCCGUUCCUCUAGGGGAUGACCGAGCAUAUUUAUUUGACAGAGCUGUAACUAAACUCGGUGGCAAGGCGCGUGUGAUGGAACUCAUGUCUCAUCCCGACGCGGAUGUUCGGUACCGAGCACUACUUAGUGUGCAGAGACUUGUAAGCACACCUUGGGUUGUUGCUUAA